AUGGUUGCCGGAGAUGGUGGCAUUGGAAGUGUACGUGAGGUGGUGGUCACAUCCGAGUUACCGGUUGGUGUCAGUGUGGAGAGGUUAGACAAGCUUGAUGAUGACAAACAUGUUUUAAAGUUUAGCAUCAUUGGCGGUGAUCAUAGGCUUGUGAAUUACAAUUCCACGAUUACUUUGCAUGAAGAAGAAGAGAAAUAUGGGGGGAAGACGGUGGUGAUUGAGUCGUACGUGGUGGAUGUUCCGACAAGAAGUAGUGGUGAAGACACGUGCUGCUUUGCCAAUACCAUCAUAGCUUGUAAUCUUAGGUCCUUGGCUAAGAUCACAGAACAAAUGGUUCGUAAGGCUAAGUAA